UUUUAUUAAAGUGGCACGUGUAUAUCAUAUAACGAAGGUUCUAGUGAUAGUAAUUUGCUCUCCAAAGCUGAGUAUCCAAACUCCUCCUUCUACCCUGAACCCCUCCUCCACCUCCACCAUCAACCAUCUCAAAACCCUUCCUGACGUUCCAGAUGAAACGACACCGUUUUCUUCCCAAAUCGCUCAUUCACAGCACGCUCUUCACAAGCUGAUGACAUUUUCUUCCAUCUUCACCACUUUUCGAAUUUCGAAUACUGCCCUCGUUACCCAUUACCACACUCUUAAACCCAACAAACUCGAAGCAUGGUUCGUCAAAAUCGUUUCAACGCUCUUUCUUCGAUUCACAGACUCAUCUGACGCUACAUUUUCGCGUUAUGUUAGUAACCACUUAACCCCUUCACUUACAUUACAAAUUAUCAAAAGACUAAACAAUCCUCAAUUAGGUUUCAGCUUUUUCCAGUUCACUAAACAAAGCUUGAACCUUUCUUAUUCAUUUUGGACUUACAAUUUUCUUUUAAGGUCCCUUUGUCAACAACAUCAACAUGAUUCAGCAAAACUUGUUUAUCAUUCUAUGAGGGCUGAUGGGUUGUUGCCUGAUAGUAGGUUGUUGGGAUUUUUGGUUUCUUCUUUUGCAUUUGUUGAUAGGUUUGAUGUUUCCAAGGAGUUUCUUCGGGAAUCUUUGUGUAAUAAGGUUGAUGUAAAUGUUGUUGUUUAUAAUAACUUUCUUAACAUUUUGGUUAAAUGUAAUAGGUUAGAUGAUGCUGUUAGUUUGUUUAGGGAGCUUGUUAGAUUCAAUUUCGAUAUUGAUAUAUUCACAUUCAAUAUCUUGAUUCGAGGUUUUUGCGUUGUUGGAGAAAUCGAUGAGGCUUUUAGGUUUUUGAAUGAUAUGAGAAGUUUUGGUUGUUAUCCUGAUGUUGUUAGUUAUAAUACUCUUAUACAUGGUUUAUGUAGAAUAAAUGAGGUAGAUAGAGCAAGAGAUUUAGUGAGAGAGAUUAGUUUAAGAACUGAGUUUUCUCCUAAUGUUUUGAGUUAUACGAUUGUGAUAUCGGGUUAUUGCAAAUUGAGUAAGAUGAAGGAGGCUUCUUCUAUUUUCAAUGAAAUGGUUACGUCUGGAGCUAAGCCUAGUGCGGCUACUUUUAAUGCACUUAUCUAUGGAUUUGUUAAGGCAGGUGACAUGGCAUCUGCACUAGGAAUGCAUAAGAGGAUGCUUUUUCAUGGUUGUUCUCCUGAUGUUGUUACUUUCACUUUGUUAAUUGAUGGAUAUUGCCGAGUUGGGCAGUUGGACUAUGGUUUGGACCUUUGGAAUGAAAUGAAAGCGAGAAAUGUUUCUGCAAAUUUGUAUACUUUCUCUAUUCUUAUUAGUGCUGUGUGCAGGAGCAACAGACUACAAGAAGCUCGUGAGCUUUUGAGACUGUUGAAUCAGAGUGACAUUGUUGCACAACCAUUUAUCUACAAUCCUGUCAUAGAUGGAUAUUGCAAAUCCGGUAAUGUUGAUGAAGCUAAUGCAAUUGUCAUAGAUAUGGAGAAGAAAUGCAAACCGGAUAAACUGACAUUUACUAUUCUUAUUAUUGGUCAUUGUAUGAAAGGAAGAGCACCCGAAGCAAUUGGUAUCUUUUACAAGAUGUUGGGGACCGGUUGUUCGCCAGAUGAAGUUACUAUUAGAACUUUAAGUUCAUGUCUUUUGAAGUCUGGAAUGCCUAGUGAAGCUGCCCGCAUUAAGGAAGCUGUAUUUAAGAGUCAAAACACAAAUUCAUAUAUGCAGCAGUCUCUUUAUUAAAGUGCUACUGAAAAUCAGUGGUUAGGCAUUGCCUUCCACUGUUUUCUCUUGAGAAAAUACACUCAUCAAGCAGCAUGUCAAUAUUUUCUCUAGAUUAUCAACAAGGGAGUCAGAAUUGGCAAUUUCCCCAUGAUUAUGCUGAUGUUGUUGGAGAUUGUUAAUUUAUUUCUCUCUAUUCAUCAUUUUUUACUAUGCAGUUUUAUUUGACAGUCUUGUUCAAUUGUAGUCAUAUUACCUAAAGAGUACAACGAGUUCUUCCUGAAAGAAAUAAAAAUCUUAAGCUUGGAGUUUGAGGUAGUAGUCCGCCUCAUCUCCUAUGUGAGGCCAUUUGGCUUUUCAACGGCUUCAAUUUGGUUCUCCCGUGUAAAAACUCAAUGUCCCCGAAGGGCUAGGAAGUUAUGGGCG